CAACAAUUUACCGUGAUACCCCAAAUCUCUUUCAUUCAACGUCGCCAUCUACAAAAUGGGUGUCGGACGUCGCAUGAAGAAGCAGGGACCCCCUGAGCCUCUUCCAGAAGAACAUUUUGAAAAGCUGAAGCGAAAAGUUAAUGCCUUUAUCGAUGAUGCUUUGAUCUAUUCAGCGCCGCCGGCGCAACCACGACCGAAGAAGCAGAAAACUGCGAAGAAACCAGCCUCCAAGUCCAAUGGCACGACGACUGCAGCAGCCUCUAAGAAGAAUGAGAAGAACCCAAGAUCGAAGAAGUCCGCACCGGAGCCAGCAUCUGAUGAAGACGAAGACCGCAAAGAUGCUCCUCACAGCUUUUUUGAUGAUAUUGAUGAUCCCGUAGCAAGAGACGAUCUGUCUGGUGUAAUGGACGUUGGAUUCGGAGACGACGAUUUCAUACACGAGGAAGAUUCAGUUUAUGAUUCAGAUGCGGAAGCUCAAAAUGACCGAAAAGCAAUGUUCUCGGAAGAUGAAGACGAGUCAGACGCCGAAGAGAAGCUGACUGCGGCCAAUAUCGCUGGUCUGUCGCGAAAAUUGGACGAUCAACUAGCACAAGAAGCAGCCAAUGCGCAACUUGAAUUGGAGGAGGCAGCAAUGCAGACCAACAUUGAACGACCAGUCGUUCUCGAUGACGAGGAGGAGGAUGAUUUGGCGUUGAAGACGAAGGCACUAUUAGCACCGGAUCUACAACUACUAAGAACCAGAAUCACGGAUACCAUACGUGUGUUAGACGACUUUGCGAAUUUGGCGGCGGAAGGCCGAAAUCGUUCGGAAUACACCAGCCAAUUGUUGAAAGACAUUUGCGCCUACUACGGUUACUCGGAGUACCUUGCGGAGAAACUUAUGAAUCUAUUCACGCCCCGAGAAGCUUUCGCAUUCUUCGAGGCUAACGAGACGGCGCGACCCGUCGUCAUCCGAACAAACACUUUACGAACACAUCGCCGAGAUCUGGCUCAAGCCCUCAUAAAUCGCGGUGUUACUCUAGAACCUGUCGGCAAGUGGUCCAAGGUGGGACUGCAGAUCUUUGAGAGCAAUGUACCCCUUGGUGCCACACCCGAAUAUCUUGCUGGUCACUACAUUCUCCAAGCCGCUUCCUCGUUCUUGCCCGUUAUGGCUCUAGCCCCGCAAGAGGGUGAACGAGCACUGGAUAUGGCUGCUGCUCCUGGUGGUAAAACGACACAUAUGGCUGCUAUGAUGAAGAACACCGGUUGCAUCUUUGCCAACGAUCCCAGCAAGGCUCGUGCUAAGGGUCUUAUCGGUAACAUUCACCGUCUUGGCGCCCGCAACGUCAUUGUCUGCAACUACGAUGCUCGAGAAUUCCCAAGAGUUAUGGGCGGCUUCGACAGAGUACUUCUUGAUGCUCCCUGCUCAGGUACAGGAGUUAUUGCCAAGGAUCCCUCUGUCAAGACCAACAAGGACGAGAAAGAUUUCAUGAUUUUACCGCACACGCAGAAGCAGCUGCUUCUAGCAGCCAUCGACUCGGUCAACCACGCUAGCAAGACUGGUGGUUAUCUAGUCUACUCUACUUGUUCAGUUACUGUCGAGGAGAACGAGCAAGUAGUUAACUAUGCGCUAAGCAAGCGACCGAACGUCAAGCUUGUCACCACGGAUCUCCCCUUCGGCAAGGAAGGUUUCACUAGUUACAUGGGCAAGAAAUUCGACCCGAGCCUACGUCUGACACGCCGAUACUACCCGCACACUUACAACGUGGAUGGCUUCUUCGUCGCUAAAUUCCAGAAGAUCGGACCGACGCCUGCCAACCUUAUUAAGGACAAGUCCGGUCAAGCCUCGUCUGCGCCACAGGCAGAUGUGAGCGAAGUUAUCGAUAAGACCCCUAUUGCGGCUGAUGAUGACGCUGCUCAAAAGCAGGAUGAGUUUGGUGGUUUUGAUGAUGAUGAAGAUGAGAAGUACAUUGAGCGCGCGAAGCACAACGCUAUGCGUAAACGGGGUCUCGAUCCUAAGUCGUUGAAGAAACCGAAGACGACCGAGCAUGUGGCGGAGACAAGCAACGGUGAAGAGGAGAGCAAGGGUGAGGAGAAAAGCAAGGUCGAGGAGAAGGGUAAGGCUGAAGAGAAGAAUAAGGGUGAGGUGAAGAGUAAGGGCAAGGCGAAGAGCAAAAAGAAGAGUACGAGUACCUAGGUAGUCAAAGAGCUGCUAAGGUAGUUCGAGGGCUACAUGAGCAAUGCGAUUCCAUUAAUACAGGGUGGUUUCUCCCACAUCGUUCCCGCGAAGUUUGCGACAUAGCCUUGACUUAUACCAGAUUCGUAGUACUCCGAUGUCACUUGAUACAGUUAUACAGAAGCUUUAUGUUUAAAGAAUACGAUAUCGUCUUAUUCCUAGUAAUCAACACUGCCUCGAUCAGCGUUAGUGCUAACG